AAACAGGAAACGGUUAUAGAAGGUUUACAAUAACGUGGAGCUGGCCCAAUAAAUUCAACAGCAUUCAAAGUCUGACUGAAUGAGGAAACGCUGCUGGUUUUACUGCUCGUUUCUGACAGCUGCCAAUUUCAGAAUGGAGGUGGACCUCAGUGGUAUUUCCAGGGCAGCAAUGCCUGUCCUCUCUGCACCUGCUGUAGAAGUGAGCUCUCUGGGCAAAACCGAGCCAGAGAAGCCUCGCAGCUCCAGCACCCCAUGCUCUCCAGUCAAGCGGACUGUGCCUAGCUAUCAGAUUCUUCACAUGGACACUAACUACUUGGUCGGCUUUACUACUGGUGGGGAGCUUUUAAAGUUGGCUCAAAGGUGGUCGGGCAACGAACCGAGUACAGCAGAAGCUUUGCCCAGCCAGCAUACUAAGCAGCAGGAUGUAGGAUUGGCUAGAAGUUCCCGCAUCUACAGAACCAAGAAUCGAUACUAUCAGCCAUACGAGAUUCCAGCUGCAAAUGGCAGAAGACGACGGCGAAUGCCAAGUUCAGGGGAUCGAACCGUCAAGUCAUUUUCCUUUGAACCCAACAAAUGUCUACGUGGCCCUUUGCCAGUUUGCCUCAUUAAGGGAAAGAGGGCCCAGUCAAAGUCUUUGGAUUACCUAAACCUAGAUAAAAUGAAUAUUAAAGAGCCAGCAGACACAGAGGUAUUGCAGUACCAGCUACAACAUCUCACACUUAGAGGGGAACGUGUGUUCAGCAGAAAUAAAACUUGAAAAGAAAAUACAUUGCUUUAUUCAAGAUGCACAAGGAACAACACUGGGCUUAUGGAAGUCAGUGGCAUACUUGCCCGAAUUUCAUUGUGACUGAUGGGAGUUGGCAACUUGACAGAUAUAUAACUUCCUUGAUGGAAUAUUGAUUCUAUACAAACUGUGUACCGGGCCGCAAAAUCAGUACUCCUUCUAAUAGGAUUAAUGUGGGUUAGAUAGUGUAGGGUGGAAUAUGUUACAUCCCAGAAAGAUUAGAAACAAUGUACUCCAAUGUUACUGGUAAAUGGUUAAAUGGUCAUCUUUUGCUAUGACAAGAAUAACAUGAAAUGGCUGAAGUACUGCUAACUGUUGUUUUGUAGCAAUAAUAACCUAUAGUCAAAAGUAAUCUUCAGUUGAACUUCUUUUCAGCAUUUUAUGAUUUAGACUUAAAUUGAUUAAUAACUGCAUAUGCAUCUAUUAUUGGAAGGCAUUUGAAAUCUGAUCAAAUCAAAUAUAGCUGUUUAGGUACUAUCCAAUGAAAAAGAUUAAUUUGAAGUGACUGUAUUUUGCAGUUAUAUAAAUGUUCCAAUUAUUCUUGUCUGCAGCUUAAACUGAUAAAUAUUUGAUCUACAUUCGAAGGCAACUACUUGCAGGACAAUUGCUCUUACUGUCCACUGCACUGGUAAUACUGACAUAAACUGUUCUUUGCCUGGGAAUAUCUAUCAGAUAAAAGGCAAGCUAAAAAUUUAAAUUACUUCUUGCUUUUUCAAUACUUUUAGUAGCAAUUUAAUAGUGAUUUUUUAAAAUUUCCCAAUUGCUCUGCACAACCCAGUUGACUUUGUGAGGGGAAGUGCUGAACACAAUGCAGAAUUUCUCAUGGUGUCCUUUGAUACUAAGCUACAACGCUGCAGCAAGUUUUCAAAUGCAGCAAACAUGUCAGUAAAGCUGAAGAUUUGAUUUAACUCUUUCUCACCCAGCCAUUUCACAAUUUUCUGUUAUUUUUCAGUGCAAUUUAAACAUAAGGAAGGUUUCUCUUGUUGUACUAACUGACACUGAUCAAACUGUUGGAACAUAUUUCUGAUCCACCUUCAGUAACACACAGGUGCCGACUAUUUAAAAACAUGCUUAUAUUUAAGUUAAGUGAAUCUCAACUAACUACAUUUUUUUCUUAAUGGAAGAAAGUGGAAGUUUACAAAAUGAUGGUAUGGGAGAAAAGGGAAGAGAAACCGGUCAGCAACUCUUCAGAAGCUAUUGAUGCAUUUUUUUGAAAGCUGAAUAUUCGGAUUCAGAUGGUAUUGCUAGACAUAAGAUAAUAUCACACAACUAACUCACAGGGAUUAAUUGUUCCCUCCUCUUUACCAAUCAGAAUUUGUGCUUUGGGGAAGAAAAGAUUAUAGAAAAUUCAUGAAUUAAAAUUGUGUUAAUAUAACAUUUUACAUUUGCAUAUUGUUUUCAUGCUUCAAUCCUUCAAUAACUAAUGUUUAAGUUAUCUUUUAUGUUUAUUUGACAACUUAUUGGUCAACAAAGCGAGGAGGUGACUGCUUAGUUUAACUGACUGUCCAUUACUUUUAGCUUGCAUUGUUUAGCCAAUUUAGCCAAAGCCUUUUUUCAUUUGCUUUCAUGGCAACUCAUGUAACUUUUCUUUAUAGUUACCUGGUACAAAUAGGCUGGCUUAUAAUGAUUUAGUAUUAAACCUACAAAGCACACUACUGGGAGUUGAACACUCCAUACAGUAGAUGAUUGAUUCUUUUUAACAUUUUGACUCCAGUGUUGCCUUCUAGAAUUCUAGGUGUAAUUCUUUGAAACACAGAGCCGUCGUUGUGGGAGCAUGUUGUAAAAACUUCUGAUCUGCUUUGGACGCCCCACUAAAAUAUCUCCAGUUUUUGAGGGUCAAUUUGCUGGGACAUCUGUCCUUGUUUUCUCUUUCAAGCUGCACCAUUUACUACAAGCUGUAAUCUAUUUUUUUAAAGUUCCUUAUUAAUGAUUAGCAUUUACAGCAAUUAUACUGUCAUAAUAUAAUCCAAACAAACAGAUGGUUGAAACAAAUAAUGAAAAUUACAUAAGAAUAGUUACCAACAGUAGUACAUUUCAAAUAUGUCAGUUUUUGAAUUGCUAACAAGCUCUGCCAGUAACUUCAAAAGUUAAUCUCAUUCAGCAUUCUAUUAAUUUUUAGCAUUUGUUGUUUUAAAGCCUGAAUUAUUCUGAGCCUAAAAAGAAUGCAGUAGCCAUAGAAUAUUGAAGUACUGUACUUUAUUCCUUUCAUUGCAUUUAGUUUGUAUUUAAUUUAAAGAAAGCUGAGAUCAAUAUAAUUUCCGUUUUGCUUCCAGACCUUUGCCCCACAUGUAAGAAUAUUUGCUUAUGUUACCAACACAGCUUCUGGUUGUUGGCAGGAAUAAUUUUUGAUUUCUUGAUUAAUCCCAUAUCACUGAUUUAUAUUGUAAAUAUUUAGUUGUAUAAUCGCUGGCAAUAUUAUGAAAUACGGAAGAGCUUAUAGUUAAAUACUGUGGCAUUAUUAUAGACAGUGACCUCUGAGUCUGAAGUCUUUGCUGAAACGUAGCAUUAGCACAACAAAACUGUCUUUCUAAAAUCACAUCUUAAUUAAACAAAAGAGUCAACUUAUGUUCUAUCCUGUGGAGAGCACUUCACAGUUUUCAAAAUUUUUAUGAAGGAAAAUAACUUCUUUAUUUGCCUGUAUGGUUGAAAACCUUGAUAAUGGGCAGUCAGAGUCUAAAUAGUUUUGCUUUAAAUGAAUCGUUCAACAUCAUUAAACUGCAUGUUUGCUGAUAUCUGUUAUUGAACUGGACCAGAAACGUGAAUCUGUACUGUGACUUAUAUUCAGUUCGUGCCCUGUUAUCUCCUAAUCUAAUAGUCUUUUAAAUCUUUUGAUAUAUCAUGAGAAAACAAUAUCAAACAAGGGGGUUCAGUAAUUAAAAUGAUUACUUAUUCACAUAAUAAAAGCAAUUGCUUUUAUAGUUGCUGAAAUGAUCCUAACAUUGAAUGCUAGAAUUUACUUGUAUUUUUAAAAUAUUUAUUGAAGGCUUUUCCAUACUGCUAAAGCCAUUCAGUUGAAGAACAAAGGCAUUGCAGCAGUUGGUGACAAAUUUAGAGUACAAACAGCUACUGUAUUUUUAUUGUAACGCAAAACUGUGUUGACUCAUAAUUCAAUUGCAAGCUUGAGAUGUCAGUUAUCACUCUAGCACCAGCACGAAGCUGUAUGAGCAGAACCUGCUCACAUUGAUUUUAAAAAUGGAAUUUGGAUCAUCCAGGUUUUAAAUGGGGUCACCAAUGCAGUGAGAUCACUAAUGCCACAAUAAGAAUGUUUGUGCAAAGCUUAGUCAGAUUGCAAGUAAAUGCCAUUCACAAAAUAAACACCUCAGCAAAGUUCAAGCAGCAUUUGGAGCUCUGAGGUAUUCAGCUAAAUAACUAUCUUUUUAUGAAGUUUAAUUAAUAUAUCAUGAUGCCUGAAUUGUUCAACUACACUUCAAUUGUUCAGCUAGGUGUUACAGUUGUGGCAUUAACAGUGUGACUUCGGCUACCUUUUAAGAACAGUUUGGGUGAGAUGGAAGCAGGAUGAGAUCACUUUGAGCAGCUAGCUGAAAUGUUGUUAAAUACUUUCAUUUAUCUAAUCCUGAAAGCCUUUUCAGGUGAGUUGUGAAUGACACUGUUUGAAAUCCAUGGCAAUUGGAACUUGGUCAUUCACAUCACCAAGAAGUAUAGAAAUCCACUGGUACCACAUUGCAUUCAGUGAGAAUCCAUGGCAACAUCAAAACAGGUAUUAGACAGAUUGCUCAGCACUUUUUACUCAGUGAAUUACAGAUUCUGUGAUUAAACAUUAUAUAUAAACUAGGAAUGAUGAUUAUGGAUGUACUUUUUUCCUGUCUGCUUUUGAGUGAUUGCAUCAAUAUAAAGCUACAACAUUGCAAUGUGCUGUAUCAGUUGUAUGUGUCUCUUAGUAAAGUUAAACAGUAUUUAACCUCUGAUCUCUGAAUAUUCUUGACAAAUACAGCUGCAGGUGAUGCAUAUUUUCCUAGAAGUAACCUUUUCAAAGAUAAAUCUGGGAAGUGUUAAAUGUAAGGUGGAGAUGGAAGUGACAUUCUUCUUUGUGUAAAUCUAAUAUUCCAUGACUUAAACUGAUUUCAUGACAUGCUUUUUAAUUUUGGUGGCCUACUGAAACUUGUUUUUGUUGUAGUGCAUGGUUACAGUUUCUGAACAGAUUUCUUUAUCAGGUAGUUGACCAUAUGCCUUGUUGUAUAAGAUUAGGUCAUACUGUGGAACUCUGGAUAAUGCACGCCAAAUUUGCCGAGAAUUAAGCCCAAAAAAGUGUCUUUUGGAAACAGUGUACCACUACUGUUUGCAAAUAUAAACACUUCCCAUCUUCCCCAUUCCUCUCUCAACUCCCCAUCAUGGUUGUUUUAUUUGAAAAACAUUCAUCAAGACUUCUACUUUUGUUGCUGUCCCACGUGAAUAUUUUGGUUACUGUUCAACAAACUAGUAACUAAAAUUAAUACUCAGCUCAGUAAAUUAAAAUAUAAUAGAAUUUCAAUUAGCUCAUACAAUUUUUACAUUUUUUAAUCUGCUUCCCGAAUCCUCUUUCUGUUAAUCCAAGAAACUACUAUAUAGAAAAAAGGAAUGAAAAAUAAUCCUGUCCUUUAAUUUAUUUUCCAUUAUUACUUACUGCCUGUGUACACUUAUCUGGGAUAUCUUUUACGAAUAGGGACUCAGCAAGAGAUUCCAUAUGAGCUGACCUGUGACUACAUAGUGACAUUGUUCCUAUUCCACUAACUAAUGCCAAAAUGUCUCAAUGUGCUUGAUUGUUGGUACAUUCAUUUUACCGCCAGUUUCAGUUUAUAGCAGUUUAUAACCCUCCUUCAGUGCAAUUCAACUAGUAAUCAUAAACGCUCAUUACUCCAGGAAGGGUUUGGGUACUUAUUACGUUUUUAAAUAUAUAAUUUUGUAUCAAGUUUAAUAUAUUGUAUACAAUCUUCAGUAAAUCCUAGAUGAGCUGAAUAAAAUAACCUGGCAUAUAACCAACAAUAAAGAUAAUUUCCAAAGUU